UUCGAAAUAAAAGGAAUAGGAAUGCAGAUUUGACCUGGUGUUUAUUGUUUAUUUCUAUACUGGUAAACUGUGCUAAAUAAUUAAAUGGAUACAAAGCAAGAUAUGUUUGACAAUACGCAAUCUCAGUUGAUGGAUUCAUCAUGGAACACAAAUGAGACUGGUGACACUAUGAAUGAAAUUGCAUCUGAAAUUAUAGAAGAUAUUAUCUUGGAAUUAUGUUUUGAAGUUCAUCGAGCAGUGAAACUGGGCUUCUUUUUCUUGUAUGAAGACAAAGAAGUGAAUGACUGCAGGAAACCAAUUAACAAUACUGAUACCAUAUGUCCAUUCUGCCAGAGAACAGUUGAAGCAAGUGGUUAUCCUCGUCACUAUAAAAAGUGUUCUGGAGUGGGAAGACAAAGUUCUAGGCGUGCAACGAAAUCAGAUCCAAAUUAUUUUGUUGAUGAUGACAGCGAGGAAAAUGAUAGUGAUUCUAGCAGUACAAAGAGAAAAGCAAAACGAAAACAAGGAAAAAGUAACAAUGCUCGAAGAGGCACUAAAAUACACAGAAAAGAUAUUGCAGGGAGUUCUUUAACUGAGCAGUCAUCUGAUUCUGCUGUGCCCUUUGAAAAUAAAUCUUUAGAAGAAAGAAAGGAGUAUUUUAAUCGGGUGUGUGGUGUAUUUUCUGCACGUACGAAGAAAAUGUGCACGAAGUCUCCUAAAUGUCCACAGCAUACAACUGAACAAAAACUGGCAGUUCGUUCUAAGCUUUUGGGACAGACUUACAUGGCUGAGCAGUUGUCUGAUGUGCAAAUUGAUGUUGAUACUGUGGAUGAGGAAAAUAAUGCCCGUAAAUUCUGGGAUCAACCAACAAUUUCUAGAAGUCCAUCAUCAUCUUCAGCAUUUUCUCUAGGAAAGUGCUCCUAGAAAGGAAGAAAAAUCAUGAAACAGAUCCAGCCCAUUUUUGGGAGAAAAAGUGGUUGUAAGUCUACCAUUACCUUCUAUACUCCAAAUAAACAAUUAUAGUAGCAAGCAGGUAGUCAUUAGCUAAUUUUUUGGAGUUUGUGAGGUACUGUCUGUGUUAUCUAUAUUUCUGUCUGCUUUUUCAAUGGAGGCUGUUUCAGAUGACAUCUGUGUUCGAUUCUUGAUAAAAGAUUUACGCUGGAAAUUUUCUUCUGGUGUAAGAGUCUACCAUGAAUGUAAAGUUUAUUUUUUCCAUGGACUUAACUGUAUUUAUUUAAAUGUUUCUAAUUUCAAGCACAAGAAAGCUUUUAAAAUCAAGUCUUUGAGAAUUUAAAUAGUACUGAAAAUUCUUUUACAUUCACAUUUUUAUAUACUGAAUGUUUAUUGAAGUUUAGAAUAUUUUGCUAAUAUUUCACAGAUCUGUCAUUUACUCAAUAGCCUGAACUUGCUUUGCAUCAACUCAAAAAGUGGUAGAAAUCGAGGAAUUUGUACCAUACAUUAUCCAAACAACGUGCAUUCGUAUACAGCUAACUUUUUAACUGUAACUAUUCGUAUACAGCUAACUUUACCAGAAGGAUCUAAUACUUUAUUCUUUUCGUACCAUACCUGCGAACGAACAUAGUUAGUCUGAUCCAGUAGAAAUUUUACUUUGUUAGGGCAACACAUCUUUCAUGUGUUUAGUAAUAAAAUUGGAAUAAUCUUUUGCCUACAUAUAAUGCCUUUUCCAGUAGUCUGAAGUCAGUGUUUGAUACCUGAUAGAACGCCUGUUGCAAACUCAUGUAUGUGGAUGUAUAUCGCAUUUUUGUGGAGGAGAGAAGCACUGUAAACUUGUGAUUACACUGCAACCUUAAUUCUUUAGAGUUAUGAUUUAAUUAGCUUUUAGCUGUUACAUCACUGUGCAUCUCCUAUCAAGCUUAUUUCAUCUAUUAUAUUCAUGGAUUCUAUCCUUAUACAUCUUUGCUGUUCAUGCAUAUAGAUGUCAAUCUGAUGUUAUAAAACUUUUGCAGCAAUUAGACCAUCAAAUUUUCACAAGUAUUUUAAAAUGCAGCUGACAUGUCCUUUUGCCACGUGCAUUGCUUUGGAAAUGAGUUCUGGAUGUUGAUCAGAGACUUGACAGCUGAACCUAUUGUAUUGUAAAUGUAGGCUGCAUUGUUAUGUAAGAGAUCUGCAAACACAACUGCAUUGCAUCACACUGCAACAGCAUAUUUUUAGUCAUGCUUUGAUGGUUUUCAGCAGUUGUAUCAUUCUGCAUUUCCUCUUAUUCUGAGACCUUCUACCACCUAAUACAUUUCUAUAUAUUAGGUGCAAUUUGACAACUUUCAUUGCCUAUUUAAAGCUUGAUCUACUGUAUCCUGUUAACUCAAUGCAUAUUUCUUCCACAGUUUUAAUGGGAUUUUCAAGUUGGCCUGCUAUGGUUCGUGUGAAAACCACAGGUGAAAAUGUCUUCCUCUUGAUUUCAAUACAAAUCCCACUCUUUCUCUGUGCAGGGUAAAAUUGUCUUAGUGUUAAUUAUUUUGAUGAUAGAGGGCUCUACAGUGUUCAUUUUAUUUAAAAACUUUGAAUUUGUUCAUCAAAACAUUCCAGUAUUAUAGCAUGGGUUUUAUUCACCUUGAAGAAGGCAUUUUGUGAGCCAUAUAUCAUGAAAUCCUAUAAAAAAGGAACCUGGAAGAUAGUGUGCCAUGUGAUGCUUCCGGGGAAAAAAAAAAAAAAAAAAAAAGACAGAAAAAAUACAUAAACAGACUUGCAUUUGUUGUGAAGAGUGUCAGGCUGGAUUAUGUUUAUCACAUAUGAAAAAAAAAAACUUUCCAAAAUAAUAAUAAUAAAAAAAUUAAUAGUUCUAGUUUUAGUUCUAAGAUCAGUGUAAACAAACUGUAAUAUUUUAUAAAUAACAGAAACUUUUUAUCAUUUUAUAUAUUUCUCUUUUUAUAUGUAUGCUGUUUAAUAUAAACCAAGAGUAGUUUUUGAUUUUUACAAAUUUUAUAUUUUCUGUUUUAUUACAAAAUUUCUGUUAAAAAUGUUUGCAGGAAAUUGCUUAAAAGUUAAAGUAAUCUAAAAUUGGAAAUAUAAUAGUCAUUUAGCUUGCAAAUUGUACCUGUUGAAAUCACGUGUCAUAUGUAAUUAAAAACCAUAAAAAGCAGUUAAAAGUCUUGUAUUAUUUAAAAACGGUAAAAAAAUAAAUAAAUAAAAAAACUCUUAUAAAAAUUUUUAAAAAUUAUCAACUUGCAUUAAAAAAAAUCCCAUAUUUCAGAAUUGGAAAGUAUCAAAAUUAAACCAGCCGGUACAUGGAGGAUUAACUGUUGUACACUUUGUGGAUUUGAGGUCCAUAUUGCACUAGUUUUUAAUAAAGUUUUUUUGAAAGUGUGAUAAAUCUGUACUAUUCUCCAUUAUUAUAACUCAUUGUCGUUUCUCCAUUUUGGAUUUUCAUUGAAAGGGAAAGACAACAUGUAAAAUGUAAAAUUAGGGGGGGGGAACUUACAUUAGUAUGGAUGUUAAGCUAAAACUAGCAUUAAUUUAAAUCGCAAAAUUCUGAGGAUUUCUUUUUCUCCUGAAGAACAUUCACCACUUCAACCUCAAAAUAGACGGUUCUUUUUAUGUGUUGAUUGUAUUAGUGAUUAUCAACUUUGCCCUCAAAUUUGGUAGUCUGUGGCAGUUUAAGAUUGUUUGCAUGUUGCCUAAUCUUACAUCCAGAUUGGAUAUCAGUGAAUGCAUGAAAUCAGACUCGGUGCUAGAUAUUUUAUAUCAGCAGGGCUGGACAUACCUUUUUAGUAAUAGCAAAAUUUUUGGUAUAAUUUUAGUGCACACUUCUAUAAACACACAGUAUAUGAAAUGUUUAUUUCCUUUUCUUGGUUCAGGAGUUUACUGAACAAAUUGCUGACUUUCUAUUAUUUAAGUUAUUGAUUAAAUUGUAUAGUAGUUAAAAAUUAUUUUGGACCAUUUUGUGUAAUGUCUCUGAGGAUGUAUAAUGUUGCUAAAAAUAUUUUGUAUUCAAUUUUCCAUUGUAUAUUAUGUAAUAUUGCUUUAUCUUUAAUAAAAUAUAUACUUAUA